AAGUUACUCAGGGUGGUUGCUAUGUGGUUGUUAGGGUACUGCUAAAUAGUUGCUAGGGUACUCAGGGUGGUUGCUAGGGUACUCAUUUCAAGGCAUUUUUCAAAUAGAUACCAAGCAAAAAAGAGCACUAUAGGACUCUUUUAACAGAUUUAACAGUUUGGAUGAGGUGUCCCCUGAGAGUCCUGAUCAUUUCACAGUUUCAAUUCAUAAUCCAAUAACAUUUGAGUGCUUAGGCCCACAUGUUAAGAGUGAAAGUACUUCAGAUCUUUUUUUUUUUUUUUUUUGUCCUCCAGCUGCAAAUCUUUGAAGUGCGAUGGCAUCUGUUAAAGAUCUGCUUGAGAAAUUACUGAACGAACUGAAAAAAGCUGAACUAAAGAAGUUUCAGUGGCACUUAAAAAAUGACCAUAAGUGUAUAUCAAAUUCUGACAUGGAGAAUGCAGAUAUCUUAGACACAGUGGAUAAGAUGGUAGCAUGUUUUGGACCAGAAGAAGCUAUGAAGAUCAUGGUGGAGAUCAUGAGGAAGAUGGACCAGAAUAAUCUGGCUGAGCAGCUGGAAAACAAUUCCAAGCAAGGUUCUACUGCCGACAACAGUCAAGCUACUCUCCAUGAUUACACAGAGACCAGCCUCAGACUGAAGAACAAAUUAAAACAGGACUACGAGCAGAUAUUGGUUGGUAAUUCACAGACGGGUCAUCAGAAAUACCUGAAUGAUAUUUACACUGAUUUAUAUGUGGUGGAGAAUGAGACUGGAGGAAGAGUGAAUGAUCAUGAAGUGAUGCAGAUUGAAUCAAAUCACAACCGAUUGACUGCCAAGGAGAAGCCAAUCAAGUGUAAUGACAUGUUUAAAGUCCAGUGUGACACGGAUCAACGAAACAGAAAAGUGCUGACAAUGGGGAUCGCAGGAGUGGGAAAAACCUUCUCUAGCAAUAAAUUCAUCUUUGACUGGGCUGAAGGAACAGAAAAUCAGGAUAUAGUGUUCAUAUUUCCACUUCCAUUCCGUAGAUUGAAUUUGAUUAAAGAAGAGUACAGUCUCAUGGGACUGCUUAACAAAUACUUCUUUAGUAGUUCUGAAGAACUGCUCUCUCUUCCUGAAGGUGACGGUAAAGUUAUGUUCAUCUUUGAUGGGCUGGAUGAAUGUCGCUUUCCUUUGAGCUUUAAAGGAGAUGACAUAUUUACAAGUGUAAAUGAAAAAACAACAGUGAGUAAGAUAAUAAUAAACCUUAUCAAAAGACAUCUGGUUCCCUCUGCUCUCAUCUGGAUCACAUCUAGACCAGCAGCAGCCAGUCUGAUACCCCGUGACUACAUUAAUCAGGUGACUGAAGUGCGUGGAUUCAACAAUGAACAGAAAGAGCAAUACUUCAUCAAAAACAGUCCUGAGGUUUCUGAAAAUCUUAUCCGUCACAUCAGGAAAUUCAGGAGUCUGUACAUCAUGUGCCAAAUCCCUGUCUUCUGCUGGAUCAUUCUCACUGUUCUUCAGCCUCUACUUGCUCGAGAAAGCAAUGACAAAACACCAACAACUCUCACAGAGUUGUACACAAGCUUCUUAAUUUCUCAGCAGCAACAGAUGGAAAAAAAAUAUUGUGAUGACCCUGAACCUAAAGCCAAUGCCAGGUCUUUUGAUCAGAUUAUUCUGAAGCUUGGGAAACUGGCCUUUCAACAGCUGGAGAAAGGAAACAUGAUUUUUUACAAAGAAGAUCUUGAGAAAUGUGGACUAGAUGUCAGCGAAGGGUCUGUGUACUCUGGCUUAUGCACUCGACUGUUUCAGGAGGAAAAGGUUUCAACAAGAAAUGUGUACAGCUUCGUACAUCUCAGCAUACAGGAAUUCCUUGCUGGUCUAUAUGUUUUUUUGAUUUACAAAGACAAGAAAACAAACCCAUUUCUUGAAUCAUGGAGAGAAAAAUUUACAUGGAUUCUCUCCAAAAAACCACUGUUCAAACUUCAUAAGGCUGCAAUCAACAAGGCUUUAGAAAGCAAGAACGGUCACUUGGACCUUUUCCUCCGAUUCCUUCUGGGUCUCUCACUGGAGUCCAAUCAGAGUGACCUGAAAGAACUACUACCAAAACUGAAACUGAAAACGGAGAAUGUUAAAGACACAGUUGACUAUAUCAAACAGACAAUAGAGAUUGAGAAAUCUGUAGAGAGGACCAUCAAUCUCUUCCACUGUCUGAGUGAACUGAAAGAUGACUUUGUAAAGGAAAUCCAGAAGAAUAUUAUCUCAGGAAAUCUUUCAACACAGAAGCUGUCCUCUGCUCAGUGGUCUGCUCUGGUGUUUGUGCUCCUCAUGUCAGAAGAGACUCAAGAGAUGUUUAAACUGCAGAAAUACAGAAGAUCUGAUGAAGCACUGAUAAAACUGCUGCCAGUGAUCAAAAAUACCAGAAGAGCACUGUGA